UCGUGGUAGCGAGCAGGUGUGCGAGAAGUGUUCGCUGCUGCUCCACAAGUGCUUCCCCCGUCACGCCCGGCGCCCCCCAAGCUUCGUUCACUAUCCGGAAACUGCCCGUGACGUGACACAAACAUACCCUUAACUAGAUCAUAAAAUAAGUGCAGCGAGUAAAAGAUAGAACGAACCAUAAGACUGCAAGAGGAGAUGGUGCCUUGUCAUAGUGUGUGACAGUAUAGCAAGACCAGAGACACUUCUAGUCAUUGUUUGGUGCAAGCAAGAAAGGAGACAGUAAGCAAGCAAGCAGAAUGAGAGGAGGUGCAGGAAGCCUCUCUCAUGCUAGCUGUUCUGGUGGUGGUGGUGGUGGUGGGAAGGUAGAGGCUCACUCCUCCACCCCCACCUCCACAGCAGCAUCUUCACCCCCAACCACUGCUACCAUUACACCCACACCACCCAAGCACCCUCCCCACCACCACCACCAUCACCAUCACCACCAUCAUCACCGCUCCAAGCGAAAGCACACCGUGGUAUUUAAGUACUGCGAGGAAAUGAAUGAGUUGAAUGAGGCGGCCAACAACAGACCUCGCAGUGCCCUCAUCCACUCCAUCCAGCAGGAGAACAAACACAUUCGACAACUCCAGCAGGAAAACAAAGAGCUGCGUUUGGCAUUAGAAGAGCACCAGAACGUCAUGGAACUGAUCAUGUCCAAGUACCGACAACAAGUGGCCCAGCUGGUGACAGUCAACUCGCAGCCCUCUCAGCCCAGCACUCAGGAGCAGGCCAAGCUUUCAGCCCACAUUGAGCGAGUGAGUGAGAUGGUGGCAGUGAUGAGAAAAGCUGCCACCCUCGGAGAUGAUGAGACCAACCAACAGCAGAGACUCAUCACUGCACUGGCCACAGAGAACAAGGGCUUGAGAGAAAUGUUGAACAUAGCUAGUCGUUCAGGCUCCCUGCAGCCGCGCACCAAUGCUGUUGAUGCUGGCACACAGACUGGACAAGAUUCACCCAAGUCAGAAGAAGAUGCCUCACAAGAUGUACAGGAAGAGGAGUCAGCAUCUAUAGAUACUCAUAAAUCUUCAGUCUCAUGAUAAAACUUACAGAACUAAACUUAAACUUUUGCCUUCCUCUCUUCUGUUUUCAAAGUUCAGAAGAAAUGAAAAUUUUGUCUUUACUUAGGCAAGCAAAGUGCCAAGAACAUAUGAGUGUUUGUCUUCAAUAUAUAUAUAUAUAUAUAUAUAUAUAUAUAUAUAUAUAUAUAUAUAUAUAUAUAUAUAUAUAUAUAUAUAUAUAUAUAUAUGAAGUGAUUGAAUGUUACCUGCCAAGGAUAAUGUUUUGCUUGCAAGUGAAGAUGGUGUGAGGUUAUGAAGAAAGCAAGUGUGAAUGCAUGAAAUCAUGUGCAGAAGUGUAGCAUCGUUUGUAUUGAUGGCAGUGUUACAGGGUCUGGCUUGCCUAGUAGUGGAAUGUCACUGAUUUUGUUUGAAAAAUUAGUACCUUCGCUAGUUAGCUUUCUUAUGAAGUCAUAAGUUAUUUUUUAUUUUAGGUGAGUAAACGACCAUUGAGACCAUCAGUAAUUUUCAAAUAUCUAAUUUCUUUAAAUAUAUUGUCCUGACUGGACCAGUGCUUUGGAAUACCUGUGAGUCACGUGACUAUGACAGAUCAUGUGACCUUGAUUUAUAAAUAUUUUUUAUCGUCAUUAUCACAGAUUUUUAUUAUUUAAAGGAGCUCCACAAGUAUUUGCUAUGAAAGUAUAAAAAGGUAAAAUAGUGAAGCUCCUUCCUUCCCUAUAACUAUUAAAAUGUUUAUAAUGAGAAGAUUGGUUUAUUUAAGACAAUACGUGAAUUUGUUGUUAUGUGCUACUUUUUUCUUUUAAGUAAAUUAUGAAUUAUUUCUUGCCUUGAAAUCUGUAAUUUUAUUUACUUGAAUGUAGAGGCAUAUGUAAUAUUACAUCAAUAUCAAAUAAUAGUGCUCUCUCUCUCUCUCUCUCUCUCUCUCUCUCUCUCUCUCUCUCUCUCUCUCUCUCUCUCUCUCUCUCUCUCUCUCUCUCUCUCUCUCUCUCUCUCUCUCUCUUGUAGAUCAUUCAAAUGCAGCAGCUCAUAUUUAUUCCCAUUAGCAUUGUAUUACACAAUGUUGUGCUGCUAGAAGCUGUAGGAGACUGAAGUAAGCCAUCUACUAGUUACAUUUCUGUGGUCAUAUUAAGGUCAAGGUACAGUAUACAGCAUCAUCUUAGGUACUGAAGUUUUUUCACCAUCAAGACUUUAUUUCCUCCCAGAUAAUGAAUUAAAGGAGGUGUAAUAAAAGUUUUAAAGCAAUUCUUGGAUAUGAAGUAUUUUGUCAGGAGUGACAGAUUUUUCGUUAAAAUAUUCAGUAAACUGUGAAUGCUGCUUGAAGCGAGUUUGUUCCAUUAGUGAGUAUAAGAAGGAAGAAUUUUCUGUGUUAUGUUGUGCAGUAGUGUUGUAGUACAAGCAACAUACAGUUUUAUUACAUAAUUACUUUUAUCCGUAGGACCAGUCCACUAUUACUGAGAAUACAUCCUUUAAGUGUCUACAUGCAAAUCUAGUCCUGGAGAUUGCACCACUAUAUCUUUGAAAACAGAGAAUGGAUAACCUACCACACAUUCCUACUUCAUCCAUGUUUGCUUCCUUUUGUGUGUGUGUGUGUGAGAGAGAGAGAGAAAGAGAGAGAGACUAUGAGUGUAUGUGGAGACAUGCAUACAAGCCACUGCUAAUGCGCAUCACUCAUUCAGGACUGGUCCACUGCCCUUAUCAUCUUGGAAGUCUCAGUUUCUUAUUCAGAUCUAUAAACUCUUUAUAAAUAGUAAGAUUUUCAAAGAAAAGAACAUUUUAAAUGUUACAUCAAUUUGAAUUUUGAGUCAUUAAAGAUAUAUGAAGGAAUUGUGCCAUCAUUUUUGCUCUGUCUGUGUUACAGAUAUACAUACUAUAGCCGUAAGUAUUGUUACUAGCAGAUUUUUGCAUCAUGAUCUUAUGCCAUGUAUAAUGUACCAUUUAGAAAGAUCCAUACAACAUGAGGUCACUCAUAGUCAAAUAGUAUCACUGUGUCACCCUCUUGCACCCUGAUCUGUGCCCCUCAUUAAUGUUUGCAGCACCAGUGGGAUGAUACACAGCGUAGAGCAAUCCAUGAGCAAUCAAUCCUGGCACACACUUCAUUUGAUGAACUGAAGGAAAGGUUCUAUUGGUGCAGCAUCAGCUUUGAGGUCUUGUAUGAAGUGAGAAUGUGUUUGGUCCUGAUGUAAUGAACUAUUCUUAUUGUUACUUUCCAUUGUGAAUGUGAAGUGACUGCUUAUAUUGCUGCUGGAAAUUAACUUAAAAGGUAACAGUUUGCAAUUUAUAAAGUAGUGUGUUAAUGCACUUCAUUGUGGAAAUUCUUAUAGGAACUUAUAUAUCAAUGGGCCUCUUUUUUUCUCUCCUGUGUAACUGCAACAAACCUUAGUGUGUGUGUGUGUGUGUCUGUCUGUAUGUGCGCGUGUGUGUGUGCGCACACGUCAUCCCUCUCUACCCCCAUCUCUUCAUGCCCAUUCUCAGACUAUGUAAUGACAUGUAAACCAUGACCCUGAAUUUACUGUGAUUAUAUCCAGUUGGAAUGAAAUUUAUUAUGCAUAAUGAUACAUGACAUUAGCCCUCAAUGACAGUUGAUUUUUGCAUUCAGUAACUUUUUAGGUGGAAGCAAAAUAUACCUACCAGUCAGGCCUUGUCUUUUGAUGAGUAGGUUACAUAUCUGAUUUUCUUAGGGAUUGGUUGUUUAUGAGUUAGUUCGCAGCAAAUAUUCAGUAUGAUAUAACUCGCCAACCAAGUCACAAUAUUGUCUGGCUAGCUCAAGGCAGUGGCUGAUGUGCCCAACCUGCAACUUCAUCACAUGUUCCAAUAAACAUCAAUAUUUGGUG